AUGUUUAAUGGCAAUGGCUGCACUGUCUAUGACUCCAGGGGGAACAUUGUUUACCGUGUUGACAAUUACGACUGCAAGUGUAGUGGCAAAGUCUAUCUCAUGGAUCUUGGUGGCAGGGUUUUAUUCAAGAUACUCAGGAAGAAAUUUAGAGUCUUUGGAAGAUGGGAGGGCUAUAGGUGCUGCAGUUCACAGCAUGAAGAAAACAAGCCAUGGUUCAAGGUCAAGAAACCAUGGAGUAUUUUGAGAGAUGAGCAGCCAUCUUGUGAAGUUUGGAGUGCAGGAGGUGCUCUCAUCUGUUAUAAGAUGGAUGGGUUGGCUAGCAAAUCAUCUUAUAAGAUUGUAGACAUCUCUACAGGGCUCGUCGUCGCAGAGGUAAAGAGGAAGCAAACCACGUCAGGGAUGUUACUGGGUGAUGAUGUCCUGACUCUGAUGGUGGAACCCAAUAUAGACCGUACCCUUAUCAUGGGUCUGGUGGUGGUGAAUGGCCUAAUGAAUCACAGCAUGUGAAGCAUGGGGAAGAUCCUUCAAGGGCUUUUGUGUACUUUGGGAAGUGUAGCUCUGAAUUUGAGGGGAAACCCUAGAGUUUUUAAGUCUUCUCUCCUUUGUUUUUUUCCCCCUCUAUUUCUUGGAUGGCCAAGAGUUUUUGAGUCUGCUAAGAAACCCUGCAUACCUUGGGGGUUUUGGUUGAUCUUGUGCAAAAAUGUUUAAUGUAGAUGGAUGGGUUUUCUAGGGAAUUGCCUCUGUUGCUUGUUCCAUCAAAGCAAAGGUGCAGAAUAUGUUUGUCUAGCAUUUUGUUUAGCUAUAAACUCGCUUCCUUGGUAGUUUGUCUGAUCAUGUGGAUGCCUAUU